AAGACCAAGCUGUCCAAGGUCUUCGGAGAUGCCCAGUGGAGCAACUGCCCCUUCGAAUACCUUUACGACUUUGGCGAUCACUGGGACCACUGUAUCGAGGUCAUUGGACGGCAGCCCUCCACGGAACACUUCGUCUGCAAAGAAGGCUCCGGCCAUGGUGUUGCCGAAGAUGUGGGUAGCGACCGGGGCUGGACCCAACUGAUCAAAGCCUAUCGCGCGGCCAGCCCGUCUCAAGAACAGCGAUAUAAGAUGCAGUGGUACGAAAAGAAGUGCCCGAAUGGCGACCCUACUGGGCUGAAGGACAGAGAAGGCGAAUGGGACAUCGAGAAGGUGAACAAACGCCUGGAGAAAAUCAAGCAUUGA